UUCGUUCUUUCUUUCCCGUUUAGCAAGCCCUCGCGUAAAGACCGAUAUUCGAGAUGGCUUCAACAGACCCUAUGUCAUUUGCCAAAGACUUUUUGGCAGGAGGAAUUUCAGCCGCAGUUUCAAAAACUGUCGUUGCUCCCAUUGAACGAGUGAAGCUAUUACUUCAAGUACAAGCCGUCUCUAAACAAAUCGCAGCUGACAAGCAAUAUAAGGGUAUUAUCGACUGCUUUGUUCGAAUCCCCAAAGAGCAAGGGUUCGUCUCAUUCUGGCGUGGAAACAUGGCCAACGUGAUCAGGUACUUCCCCACGCAAGCCCUCAACUUUGCGUUCAAGGAUGUGUACAAACAGGUGUUCUUGGGAGGAGUUGACAAGAAGACACAGUUCUGGCGUUACUUUGCCGGUAACCUGGCCUCUGGUGGAGCUGCCGGAGCCACCUCCCUUUGCUUUGUCUACCCCCUCGACUUCGCUCGUACAAGGUUAGCCGCUGACGUCGGUAAGAGCGCUGAACGUGAAUUCUCUGGACUUGGUAACUGCCUUGCCAAGACCUUCAAGUCAGACGGCCUCAUCGGUCUGUACAGAGGGUUCGGCGUCAGUGUACAAGGAAUCAUCAUCUACAGAGCUGCCUACUUUGGCUUCUUCGACACAGCCAAGGGAAUGCUUCCCGACCCCAAGAACACACCAUUCUUAGUCUCAUGGGCCAUCGCUCAGUUUGUGACGACGUUCGCCGGUAUCAUGUCCUACCCAUUCGACACAGUCAGACGGCGCAUGAUGAUGCAGUCCGGUCGCCCCAAGGCAGAACAGGCCUACAAGAACACCAUGGACUGCUGGAGCAAGAUCGGCAAGCAGGAGGGUCCCGGCGCUUUCUUCAAGGGAGCUUUCUCCAACGUGUUGCGUGGUACCGGUGGCGCUCUCGUGCUAGUGUUCUACGAUGAGCUCAAAGCUCUCAUGUAGACAGUAGCUGUAUAGUAGUCAUAGGAUCAUCCGACAUUCCGGCCGCUGAUAGGCUGCAUUUAAUAACGUUUCAUCGGACAGAUCAUUCCGCGCACUGGCAUUCAGACGAAUAGGCUAGAAACGUUAUUCCUCAAAAGUAUUCCAUUUAUGUGUAAAUGUAUAUUCGCUGAAUUAUACAUGUUGAAAAAAUAUAUGUUGAAAAUAGUGUUAACUUAUUUUGUGCCUUCAGCCUACUGUUUUUAAUACUUUUGCUUUUACCUCCCUUUGUAUUAUUACAUUAUUAAAUUGUUAAUUUAUCUCCCGAA